AUGCAGAGAGCAUGUGAAAUGGUAGUAUCUUUGCUACGAACUGAUGCCAUGACACAAAAGUGCCCAUUCCACGUUCUGAAUGUUCAGAUACUUGAGUUGCUUCAGAAGGAGGGACUUAUUAGAGGGUUUGCUAUCAAGGGAACCAAAAUCGACAUUCUGCUCAAGCAUUAUAAAGGCGCCCCGGUUAUAAGAAAUAUUCGAGUUGUUUCGAAACCCAGUAGAGAUAUUUGGUUAACACCACAUGAAUUAAAAUUCCGGACACGAUUUAAUACAGGAUUGUGGGUUAUGCAAACAAGUUGUGGUGUCAUAAGUCAUAGGGAUUGCAUUCGAAUGGGAGUUGGUGGGAAAAUGUUAUUUGCGGUUAAUAAUGGAUAUCAGCAUUUUUGUUAA